AUGAGUACCCAACUUCAAUAUGAUGAUGAUGACAAUGGUCUCUUCACCAAUAAGUCCACGAUGAUGGCCAAUUUUGAAGAGUGGAUCAAGAUGGCAACAGACAAUAAAAUCAAUUCAAGAAAUAGUUGGAAUUUUGCAUUAAUUGACUAUUUCCAUGAUUUGAAUGUGUUGAAGGAUGAGGAAGAUAAUAUUAAUUUCCAAAAAGCUUCGGCUACGUUGGACGGUUGUGUCAAGAUCUAUUCCCAUAGAGUUGAUUCUGUAGCUACUGAGACGGGUAAGCUAUUGAGUGGGUUAGCUGAACGUAAGAAAAAGCAAACUAAUGCUGAUGGUAGUGGUAAAGAUGCUGAUGGAAACGAGAAAGGAACUGAUUCCGAUCAUGAAGACAGUUUGGAAAUCGAUCCUUUAACUGGGAUGCCUGUAGCAAGAGAAGAUCCAGAGGCGCUAGCUAAAAAAAAGCGAACAUAUAACAGAGUGCUUGAAACUACGUUGGUUGACUUUGAAAGUAUAAGAGUUAAAGAUUUAGCCCAGAAUCUAAGCAUUGAUCCUUUAUUCAAAAAAGCACUUGCCGACUUCGAUGAAGGUGGUGCUAAAAGUUUACUAAUAAACACGCUUCAUGUUGAUAAUGAUUUAAGAGUCGUUUUUGAUGCAACAACAACUGAGCAUGAACUAGAGCAUCAAACGAAUACUUCGGAAUCCAUAUCAUCGGGUGAAAAUAGUGUUAGGAAAAAUGGCAAUGAAGAAGAAGUACUUACUGAAGCGGCUGAGCCUAGGCAGCAGGAGGAAGAUGGAGAAGAAGAUAAUGAAGAUGAUGAUGAUGAUAAUGAUGAAGUGGACCAUGAUAUCAGCAUGAUUUCAACUCCUGACACAUCCGUAACAUUAAUAGAAGAUGAUAUUCUAGAUCUUGGUGUUAAGUUUUUAGACUUCAACACCAUUGAAAUGUCAACGAUAUGUCCAUCUAUGGACCAACUUCAGAGUGCAGUAGCUGAUAUUGGGAAGGCUAAAUCUUUUGUGGAAGGUGUGAACGAACAGUCGAACAACUUUUUAAGCGAAAAAGAUUUACAAACGUUACCAGAAGUUGAUGAUGGUAUAGAAUCCAACUACGAUUUACCACCGGACGAUGAUGCGGACAUCAUAGACGGUGCAGGUUCGAUAAACUACGAUAUACAACAAAGUUUUCAUGGUUCAGAACAUCAAGGUGGAGCAAGCAAUUACCAAAAUAUAUCUCAGGUAGAAGAAAAAUCAUUCUUAGAUUCGAGCCUCAUCAAUCAAGAGUUACUGUCAUACUUUGACGUUGCAAUUGGUCAAAAUUGGAGAGGAAGAGAGCAUUGGAAAGUCCGAAAAAUCAGGGAAAACUUUAAGAAAGACUCUAGUGGAAAGCAAGUACCUGAAUCCACUAAUUCAGCAGACUCGAACGAAACAACCACGGAAAAGAAGGUUCCAAAGAAACAAUUUGAAAUUAACUUCUUUGAUAUUGAUGAGGACAUAGAAGAAGAGAUAUUUGCCAGUAAAAAGGGCUUUCUUGAAAUACCGGUUAAGCAAAGAACAAACCAAACUCACUUUUUGCUACCUGAUGACUAUAAAUUUACCACAGAAAAGAUUACAAAGCUAUUCAUAAAACCAGACCAAAAGAUGAGCUUUUUCUCGCAUAGAAAGAACGGCAGAAAUAAGCUACAAGGGUCGCUUAGGUACAAUGAUACAGACAUCAAAGAAGGAAGCAACCUGCCGGAAAUUGCAGAUGAGCACUUUUGGGCGGAAAACUACGAGAUUCAUGAAAAGGAGGAGAAUGACGUGCAAGAAUAUGACAACGAAAACGCGGAGAAUGUCAACAAUUUAUCUCUCGAAGAGGAUAACGGGAUUGACUUCAACCAAGCUUUCGAAGACGAAGAUUUAGAUAUGGAUACCAAGGAAGACAUUUUAGGCACCCAAGGAAUACUAUCUAACAACAACAAAGUUACGUAUUCCAGGACUGCAAAGAAAGUCGAUGUGAGAAAACUUAAGAACAAUGUAUGGAAAUCAAUAUCUAAUCGUUUGCAUGUUAUGAAAUCAGAAGAGCAGGAGGAACAGGAACAUCGUGCAGAAUUCCAAGAGGAAGAAGAACAGCAACAGCAAGAAAAGGUUACACGGGAGGUGUAUGACUUGAAAUUCACAGAUAUUGCACAGGAUAUAGGUAAAAUGUACUCCUCGAGUGCCAAGGCAGACCUAUCUACCAGUUUCUGUUUUAUUUGUUUGCUUCACCUUGCAAACGAGUACGGAUUUAGUAUCUCUGACUUUGAUGACUACCAAGACUUGAAAAUCGAAUUCCCUGAAAAAGUCGUUAAUGCAAUCCUCAGUAAGUAG